UUGGGUUACUCAGGUUGCACUGUAUUAUGGUAAACAAAUAACGGAAGCAGCUUUAUAUACAAGAUGAAGCUGCUUAUUAGCUUUAUCCUCCUCUGCGUGUUCCAAGCAGUAUGGACCAAGUCGAUAGUCAAACGAGAUUGUUGUGGCAACUCUUGUUCUACACCAUGCAAUAACAACAAUAACUGUAACAAUAGCCCCUGCUAUAACAAUUGUAAUAGUGGCAAUUGUAACAACAACUGUAACAGUAGGCCUUGCAACAGUAAUUGUAAUAGCAGCCCAUGCAACAACAAUAAUUGUGGUUCUUGCAACGACAGACCAAAUAUUCCUGAACCAAGAGACGAAGUGAGGCCUAUUCUGGUUCCAUUUCCGCAGCCUCAGCUAAGUCCCUCAGGUGGCGAAAAUACCAUCAAUAACACCAAUAUAAAUAAUAGUACAAUGGAGCUGACUUUCACGAAUACCAUAAACACAGUCAACAAUAUUUCUAUGCCUAUAUCUCUUAAUCCAAGCAAUGAAAAUUCGAUAACAGUACAUUUUAAUCAAGUGGAGAGAACUAAAGAAGAAAAAGAAAUAGUACAGGAGGACAAUUGUUGUUUUAUAAGUGAAAGAAAAUGUUACGCAAAUGAUACUUGUGUAAUGGUUCGACGAAAAGAGUGUUCUGAUAUUUGUUGGGGAAUACUUCCAGUUGAACCAAAACCUAGCCCAGCACCGACUACAGAAAGACCAAUUGUUAUUGUAUAUACACCACCAACGCCACCACCGAAUCCAGAACCGACUACAAAAGGACCAACUGUAAUUAUAUAUCCACCAGAACCUACGCACCGACCAAUACCGCCACCACCGAAUCCAAGACCAGUUAUAAUCAUACCACCACGACCGUGCUCUGCAAAUCCUCAAAGACCUAUAUACAUACCUAAUUGGCCUCAAUACAGAAAUAUUUGGGAAUACUAUCAAUAUAUACAACAACCUUGCACGCGAAUGCAGCCACAACCGCCAGUUUCUAUUGAUCCUGUACCUCUACCAGUACCUAACCUUCCAAGACCUUCCUGCUCCACUCCAGGCUAUACGUUGAUCUACAGGCUACGACCCCAAUCAACCCCGUGUAAUCCAACUAUUCCAUAUGUUCCUUAUAUUCCUUCUCCAUGUACACCUCAUGUACCUCAGAGCCCUUGUUCAGAAUUAUCUAGUACUCAGCAGCUAAAUAAUCAACCUUUAAUACUUCAACAAGCAUUGAACCAACUAAGGUCUCAGAAUAAUCAGAUUCAAUUAGGUCAACCAGACAUAAUUCCCCUUCAAAAUAAUUUAAAUUUACAACAGUUUUCUCAAUCAGAUAUAUUGCCUCUUCAGCAUAAUCAACUAAAUAUUCAACAGUAUCCUCAACCGGAAAUAUACCCAGUUAAGAAUGCUCCGCAAAAUUUACAACAGCUAUCUCAAUCAGACAUAAUCCGUCUUCAGAAUAAUCAGCUAAAUUUUCAACAGUAUCCUCAAUCGGAAAUAUACCCAGGUAAGGAUGCUCCGCUAAAUUUGCAACAGUUUUCACAGCCUGAGAUGACCAAUGUUCAAAAUAGUCAAGUAGGACUUCAACAGUUCGGUCAACCUGAAGUAUUUCCUGACCAAAACAGCCAGCUUGCUUUCCAACCACAAAUAGAGCAGCCUAGAGUAUUCCCGGUGGGAUAUAAUCAAGUCGCACAAAGAAGCAAUGGAUUACCUUAUAAUCUAAUUCAAAAAUAACGUUAUAACGCGUGUAACUGCGCUAGUGUUCUGCUUUGUAUCCACAUCGACUCGCGACGCUCAGAUAUCCUUUCCAUAUUUUUUUGCCAAUCGGAGAGAAAUUUCUUUCCGUCUCGUAUCGUAUUCAAUUUUCUUUAAUUCAACUUUGAAUAUAAUAAAAGUUGAUAUUUAGGCAACUUUGUGUCAUAGAUUGAUUUGUAUAUUUUUAAAAUAAAAAAUAUCAGUUUUUAA